AUGUCAACAGCAAUUCUUCUUGUUGGUUUCAUUGUUUAUGCAACUCAAGGUUUCCCCGAAUUCGAACCUAUUGCUGUUUUAGGAGGAGUAUUUUGGGCAAUCGGUAAUUCGACAGCAGUUCCAAUUAUGAAUUCAAUUGGAAUUGGAAUGGGAAUGUUAGUUUGGGGAACAACAAAUUGUAUUGCUGGAUGGGCUGCUGGAAGAUUUGGACUUUUUGGAAUAAAUGCAACUAUUCCUGCUUUGCCAAUUUUGAAUUAUUUCGGAUUGGUUUUGGUGAUUAUUGGUGGAUUUCUAUUUUCUCAACUUCAACCAACUGAAUGCAUUGAAAAUGAAAGAAGUCCACUUUUAGCUGAACCAGAUGAUGAACUUUUGGAUUCGCCUUCGGAAAAUAAUGUGAUUAUUCCUCGAGAUGAUAUACCACAACAUCUUGGUGCACAUCGAAAUCGCAAAAGAUUAAUGUAAAGUUUUCUGUGUUAUUUCAAUUGAAGUUUAUCGUUUGCCUUUUUUCAGUGCUGUAAUUGUUUCAUUGAUUGCUGGUGUAUUUUAUGGUGUCACAUUUGUGCCAGUAAUUUAUAUUCAAGAUCAUCCAGAAAUCUAUCCAACUGCUCCAAAAUCAGGUCUUGGAUUCGUUUUCUCGCAUUUUGUUGGGAUUUUUGUGACGUCAACUGCGAUUUUGAUAACUUAUGUGAUUUAUUCGAGAGUGAGUUUUGUAGAGAACAAAGUUAUGACGUGGCAAAAUUGAGUACUGUAAGAAAAUUCGAAUUUUUCGAAAAAUUUUAAGAUUCUCAUCACCAGAUCCUUUUUAAGAAUUCCGAAUCCAAAAUACAUUUUUUUUGAAUUUAUCAAGUAUCUGAAAAAAAUAAGAGUAUUUGAAAAUUCUGCUCUUUAAAAAAUGGAAUAUUUGCCACGUCAUAAUUUUUGGAUAAGAUUUUUGGAAUCUUUCAACAAAAUUUUUGCAGAACAACCCAUAUGUGAGCAAUAAAUUGAUUGGUCCCGGAUUAUUGGCUGGUGCAAUGUGGGGAACAGCUCAAUCUUCUUGGUUCGUUGCCAAUGACAAUUUGUCACAAGCUGUAUCAUUUCCAAUUGUCUCAAUGGUUCCUGGAGUUUGUGCCGCACUUUGGAGUGUCUUUUAUUUUCGAGAUAUUGAAGGACCAAGGAAUCUGAGACUUCUUGCCAUCGCAGUUCUAAUAACACUCACUGGAGCAAUUUGUGUUGGAAUUUCGAAAUAA